AUGGCGGGACCGGAAGCGGAAGCGGGUCUGUGCACCGCCUCUCCCACCGGCCGGAAGAGCCGUGGCAGCUCCGGCGGGGAUCCCGAGGCGGCGCUGGUGUCGGCUCCCGGCACGCUGCCCGCCAGCAUCGCCACGGAGAGCAAGACCAGCCCUGCGGGGACACCAGGGGGGCCUGAGGCUGGAGCAGCUGCUGGGGGCACGCGACUGUUGGCGGCGCGGGCCGGGGCGCCCCUGGAGGCGGCCAUGUUGAACGGGGUUUCCGUACUGCCCAGCGCGGCCUCCGGAGACGGGAAGCCCUUGGUGUCCAGCGCGCCUCUGGUGGACUUCUUGAUGCAGCUGGAGGGUUACACGCCUACCAGCCCAGAUGCAGUGGCUGGUUACCACCUGAACUGUGCCGGCUUUGACGCCUCAGACCGACGCGGACUUCGGCUCGUCUCCCUAGCCACCCAGAAAUUGAUCUCAGAUAUUGCCAGGGAUGCCCUACAGCACUGCAAGAUGAAGGGCACAGGCCCCGGCAGCUCCCGGAGCAAGCGCAGGGACCAAAAACACACUUCGACCCUGGAGGACCUGAGCCCCCCGACCUAAAUGUACUUGUCUGUCCCCCUGUCCCCACACCAGCCUGUUUUCAUAAUAAACUUUAUUGUGACA